AUGCUAUCAGACUGGAUAUUGAAGUCAAUCGCUAAUCGCACGCCUGCAAAUGGCAAGGCCGUGCUGAUAGUGGGUGGUUCGAGUGGCAUUGGGCUGUGCAUAGGCGAACUGACAGUGCAGCAGGGGGCGAGGGUGGCGAUAGUUGCUCGCAACAAGGAGCGACUGGCCUCUGCUCACAAGCAGCUAGAGGCCUUGCUUCCACCCGACACACCCUCGUCUGAUUUCCUCCUGUCCGUGGCGGCCGAUGCGGCGAAUCCGGACGAUGCAGCGAGAGCCGUUGAUCAGGUGGUGGGCGCGUUUGGACGGCUGGAUGUGGUCAUCUGCUGCCAGGGGCAGAGCACUCCGCAUCAAUUUGAGUUCGAUACCGUGGAGAACCAGCAGCAGGUGGGUUUGUGGGGAGAAGCAGCAGCAGCAGCAGCAGCAACAGGUGAGUGCAAAUGA